GGCGCACCAUUCAAUGCGCACAUUGGCGCAAGUGGGCGCGACGUUGCGAAUGUGACGCUCGCGCUCAAAUUUUUUUCAGAAACACUUCGGCUUACACGGUGGCAAGGACCGGAUUUUCUUAGGAGGAAAAGGUUUUGCUACGGCCCUGAACUGAGAUGGCUGUGCUUUUCGGAAUACCGGACUGGGUCGUCUUGAUAUUUACGCUGGCAGUUCUUCUCUACUUUCGCGUAUCCCGAUAUAAAAACCACUGGAAGAAACAGAAUGUUCCGCAUGAAAGCUACGCCCUGAUCUUUGGUCCAAUGCUUCGGAUCACGAGAAAGCCUUUUCACGAGUUGGACCUAGAGCGCUACAAGAAGUAUGGAAGAGUUUACGGCAUGUUUGAAAGUGGAAAGCCGUCACUCUUUGUAGCAGAGCCUGAACUCCUCAAGCAAAUUCUGCUAAAGGACUUCCUUGUCCUUCCCAAUAGACGUACAGUUAAUUUCUGCGAGCCGUUAUUUGACUACAUGCUUAGUGUGAUCCCCUACCCUCGAUGGAAGACGAUACGGAAGUACUAUUCGCCAGCGUUUACAUCUGGAAAACUUCGCAAGAUGGAGCACCAAAUCGAAGCCUGCACCAAGUCUACGAUGUGUCAUCUUCAGAAGGCAGCUGAAGAAGAACGAGAUCUUGAACUGGGACAUUUCUUCGGUAACUUCACCUUGGACUUGAUCGCACGGUACGCUUUCGGAACCCGCUUGGAUUCCCAUUCUGACCAGACCAAUGAUUUCGUCACUUAUGCCAAGAAGGUGUUCGGCACGAACUUCUCAGUGUCGCUCAUCGUGCAUUUUCUCCUGCCAGGAGUAGCAAAAUUCUUCAGGUUGAAGUUUUUCAACCCAGACACUCUUGAAUACUUUCGGAGCCUGUGCCAGCGUGUGAUUAAAGGCCGCAUUGAUUCAAAAAUCAGGCAAGAUGAUUUUCUACAGCAUAUGAUCGACUGCCAGCAAGGAACUUGUGCGGGAGACACUUCAAAGGAAGCAGCAGAUACGGCCGACAGAAUAUUCGAUGUAGAUUCGAAGUUGGCGGACUCGGAGGACGUUCCGUCAAAUGCAUUGAGCGAAGAGGAAGCCAUGGCCCAAUGCUUCAUGUUUUUAAUUGCGGGCCAAGGAACGACGUCGUCCCUGGUUGCCUUCACUCUUUACAUGUUAGCCUUGAACCCGGAAGUUCAGGAGAAGCUUAGAGAGGAGGUCGACCUUUGCAUUGAAAAGCACGGUGAAUCUCCAUCGAUGGAAGUUGUGGCAAAGCUCGAAUACCUGCAUGGAGUAAUAUCGGAGAUACUGAGGAUGUUCCCACCAGCGUCAAGACUCGAGCGGGAAACGACCCGGGACUAUGUGCUCGGUGACACAGGUAUCAAGAUUCCAAAGGGUUGCGUGGUCGCAGUACCUUUGUACGCCAUGCAUCACGACCCCGAGUACUUUCCUGAGCCCUACGCAUUUCGUCCAGAGAGGUUCAUGGGAGAGAACGCCGCAAACAUACGGCCUUACACGUACCUGCCAUUCGGAGCCGGUCCCAGAAAUUGCGUGGGAAUGAGACUGGGUAUACACGCCGCCAAGAUGGCCGUCCUACACGCCGUCCGCAUCGCACAAUUUGUGCGCACGGAUAAAACGAAGGUGCCUUUGGAGUUCUUUAAAGGAUUUGGCGUCCUAUCCUCUUCAGACAUAACAGUUGGCGUCCGUAAACGCACUGCUACAAGCAAAUAAAACAUCCACAUUGAUUUAAAGGUUAUUUAGACGCCAACGCCAUUACUUCUUUACUUUGAUUUUUUUU